GUUGUUACGAACCAUCGGCGACUUUAUUUAUAGCAGUAGAAAAUUGUGUCUGUAGCAGGCAAAUUUGUUACAUAUAUAAACGCCAUACAUUUUUUAUUUACUUGUAACAUAAUGGAGCUUACGACAGUGAUAAAACGGAAUGAGAUUUAUGGAAGGUAUUUAGUAGCGGCGAAAGAUUUGAAACCCGGAGAACUGAUACUGAAGGAAUGUCCGCUACAGGUAGGUCCGCAGACCCAGGCGAUGGCCAUGUGCUUCAACUGCACCCUGUACAUGGCUUCGGAGAGAUCGUGCGAGGUUUGCGGCAAAGCGCUGAAAUGUUCAGUUAAUUGCAAAGGAAAAUUGCAUACACGUGAGGAAUGCGAUACGCUGAGUAGAAUGAUCAUUAAGAGCGAGGAUUUUCUUAAGGCUCCGCAAAUAAUCCUACCUUUACGUUGUUUGUUAUUGAAGCAAUACGAUGCGAAGAAGUGGGCAGAGUUUCUGGAGCUGGAAUCUCAUUUAAAAGAGAGAAAGGACUCACCUAUUUGGUUUAUCCAUAAGGAAGGUGUAUACGACGUGCUGAAGAAAUUAAAUGUAGAUGUUGAUGAAGAAUUGGUGCAAACUAUUUGCGGCAUUUUGGACGUGAAUAGCUUUGAAGUGAGACCACUCUUCGCGGCUACUACUCCACAAGAGUGCCUUCGAGGCGUCUACCUGAAGGCGGCUUUGAUGGCGCACGAUUGCACCCCGAACACUCACCUCUCCGUGGAUUUUACAUUCGAGAUGACAAUAAGGGCUAACAGAUUUAUUCCCGCGGGAGAAACAAUUUUCUACAAUUACGCAAACGGACUCCAAGGCAGUGCAGAACGAAGGAAGCAUUUACAUGUUGGCAAAUAUUUUGAUUGCACGUGCAAAAGAUGUGGAGAUGGAACCGAGCUUCAAAGCUUCCUCAGUUCAUUAAUCUGCACCUCCUGCAAGAGUCUUAUAUCGUGCGCAGAACCUCUGAAGGAUAUAUAUUCUUCAGAUUGGAUCUGCGGAAAAUGUUCCAAGACUAUCAAAGGAAAUUUAGUGGAAAACACUAUAAAUCAUAGCAAGGAGUUAAUCAAUGAUUAUUCAAAUCUACAAGAAGCGGAAGGCAUUCUGGAGAAGUUGAAAGUGACCUUAGGACCUAAUCACUACAUAAUACUUGAGCUAAAGCAAAAUAUGAUUUCGUUGCUGGGAAACUAUGACGGAGAAUUGGAAAUCAAACGGAAGAUCGCACUUUGCGAAGAACUAAUCUCCGUUUUACGACUUUUAGAUUUUGGAGACAUCUCUCGCCAUCUGGGCAUCGCGCUCUACGAACUGCACAAGGCCAAAUCUCAAUUGGUCUACGAAGCAUAUAAUUGUAACUUGGUGGAUGUGUGCCAAUAUUUGGAAGGUCUGCAGGAAGCCCAGAAUAUACUGAAGGAGUCUAUGAAGCAUUUACUCUACGAGCCAAAGUGCAGUCCAGAAGGAAAAUUGGCGCAGAGGGCGAUGAACGAUCUGCGAGUAUUGCGUGGCACAUCUUCCGAUUUGGAAAGAAUCUUAACGUUGGACUGUGCAUAAUAUAUAUCAUCUUUUAUAAUGACUGUAAUUAAUAAAGGAAUUUGAACAAAAUAAACUUAAAGAAGUU